UUCCACAACGCCGCAAAAAAUUGAGGUUAUGAGUGCUGUUUACAAUUCUCUCCGGAAGACUUUUUUCUGGAGAAUUUUUGUAUUUUAAGGGGCUUUCCGAUUGAUUUUUAAUCACCUGAAACAACAACAAUGGACCUUAGUUUCAUCCGCGAUCCUGCAACAGUUCGCGCACGAGUCUACGUGGGUGCAUUGGCAGAUGGGGCGACUCGACAGGAGAUGGAUGAGUAUUUUCAGAAAUACGGCAAUAUCAUUGGAGUUGUGGUCAAUAGGGGCUUUGGCUUCAUCCAAUUUGAGACAGAAGAGAUGGCUGCAGCUGCCCUAAAGGACAAGCACGGUAUGAUUCAUGGGAAAAAGAUUUUCGUGAAGCCUGCUCAAUCUGGGGUGGGAAAUACUCGACCUGGAGCUCAGGCGGGUGUCCAGAAAGUUGGAGGAGUAUGGGAUAUCCCUGUGGGCGGAUCUGCAGGAGAUGCUCAAGGAGUUUGGAAUACCUACAACCGGAAAGCAGAUUUUGGGGCCAGUCUAAUGAACAUUCCUCCCGUAAGCUAUCCUUCCUGGAUGGUGGUGCCUGGAAGGAAUGAUUGUGAGAUUAUUGUGGUUUCCAGAGCACUUACAGUCUAUGCCGAAGCAAUUGAGGCUCACCUAAAGAGGCUGGGACUGUCUGUGGAUUUGCUCUAUCCCAAUGAUGACGUGCCAAUUGGGAAGGUUCUGGGCAACAUCUCAUCCCGUGGCUGCCUCUAUGCUGUCUUGGUGACACCUCAGAAUGAGGAACACCGCAGCAUCACUGUCAAUAUCCUGUACGGGCAGCCAGCUGAGCAUAGAAAUAUGCCCGUUGAGGAUGCCAUUAAGUUCAUCGCUGAGAACUUCCGGGAGAAGAUGAAUAGAGAUGCUGCAGCAUCUACAACAACCUCUAUCCCCACAACUACUCAAUCCCUUCCCAUCACUCCCAUUGUAUCUGGUUCCCUGAAAGACAAGCAUCCCGACAGCAUUCAAUCCCUGCUCCUUCUACUCACGGAAAACCGGAUGCUAACUGUUCUGCAGUACGACAAGAUCAUCAAAUACUUGACUGAACGGCGAGAACUUCAAAUGAAAGUGGAGCUAGGCGAUGAAGAUGCCAUUCAGGAGAGAACGGAAAUCUUGGAGGCACAGAAGAAGCAACAGGAGGAACAGGAUUUGCACCAGAAAAUUCUCAGUAUUCUCAAUAAACCCAGCAUCACUGGGAAUUCAGCUGCGGAAUCCAAGCCCCCUUUAGCCAUAGACAAUCCCCAUCGCGACAGUACCAUAAAACUCCUGCAGGAUCCAAAGGUGCAAAAGGCUCUCGACACCGUUCUCAAGAGCACCCUUUUGCAGUCCCUGGAUGUGGCUUUCUGAGGGCAACUGGAGCAUAGUGAAUAAGUCCUCGUCUUGGCAAUUUCAUCUCGCACAUUUUACCAUGAUUUCGUCGUAUUGUCUCAAUAAAAUAAAUUGAAUAGGCUAAAAAA